AUAGUCGUGGUUUCGUAGUGAACGCCGUUUAUUCAGAAGCUAUUGUUAUCGUUAUGAUUGUCAUUAUUACAUAUAUAUAUAUAUAAAAUGAACGGAAGGUCCUUUGUUUGUGCCUUGGUGGCUGCGUAGCUAGCAGGGCAGAGAAGAAGAAGAAGCUGCUUCUCGAUACAACAGUGCCCUUUUCUUCAUUCUUUUGGAAAGGAUUUCAUCUCUUAUGCUUAUCUGUUUCUGGAUUCUGCUGGUUGGAAAAGAAUUUCUUUCACUCUGGCCGCUGUAACAAACUCGAAUUGUUCUCGCACCUCUAGGAGGGUGUGGGGUGAUGAAGAGGGAGUGAUUUGGCUUUGUGUUUUGCGAAGAUCAAAGUCGUCAGACAUAUGGAGAUUGUGCCGUGUUUCAGUGGGCCUGUCUCUUGAUUAUGGCUAAGGGUGGCUUUUGCUGUGUCCCCAGAAGCACUUUCUAAUUUGCUACUGAAUCUCAUCAAAUUUAGUGUCGUUGAUUGGGCUUCGGGAAAGUUGAUGCACAGUAGAUUAUAAUUGGUAUUUGUUUUUCUGCCUUAAAGAAAUUUUUUGUUUAGAUGUAGCUCUUGACAUCAUUGCAGCAAUGUUUAGGUUUUCUUGUUUCCAUGCUAAUGUCCAAGGCAACAAGGCAAAGAAAACAGUUCAACCAUCGGCCGAAGCAAUGGUGAAGUCUUUGCAAGAUGGUACCCAAAAUCAAGGCUGUAAAGAUUCAUCUAAUCCUACAAGUUCAUAUUCGUCCCCUUCCAGAGAGCAACACCAGCAAAUGAAUGUCAUUGAGAAUCAUAUUAGCAAUUGGGAUUCAGUUAAGCGUAGUUGUAGGUCAGAGGAUCUGAAUAACGAGUCUUCCUUUGAAUAUGACAGCAAGGUUCACCAAACCAGGUGUCUUAAGAAAAGCCAAUCUCUUCAAAGUGGGCUUGACCAAGGUGUAAACGAGGGUGAUGAAGAUCUGGGGUUGUCUUGUGAUGGUUCCAAAAGCCACAAUGAGUCAUCAAUUUCAAUUUGCAGAAAGAAUCACGAUGCCAACCCCAUGUAUCAGUAUGGAAAGAAUUCAAUUCAAGUCAGUUCAGGUUUUGCAAAUGAUGGCUCACUUUUUUCAAUAGGAAAUCCAACGCCUUCAGAUAAAGAUGCUCCUGAAAUUUCUGAUACUCCAUUAUCUGGUGAAUUAGCUGGUGACAUUGCUGACCAGACUCCUGUUCCUGGUACCCUAUCUCUAAUAAAGUCACGUUCUUUACCCAAUAUCGGAGCUUCUAUGCUUUCUGCUGGAAAAGAUGCUUUUAAACGUGCAUCUUCAUUGUCAAGGUCUUCUGAUGAUCUUCCUGCUCUACGCAUGAGGCAGAAAGAUGUACUCUCUAACGAGUAUGAUGAUCAAAUAAGGGGAGAUGAAGAAAGAGAGAAUGAUGUGGGAAAAACUGGAGAUGGUCACAUGGAGAGUUUCUUUGAUGAUGGUUUUGAUUCUUAUCUACUUUCUGGUUCAGCAAAAGAUUGGGUAAUGCCGAUUACAGAUGAUAUAAAUGAUGUCAAACUUCAAGGAGAUUCCUCAGUUGACUGCUUGGGUGAAUUUACUAACAAGGAUUUUAAGAUUAAGCGCAUUGAGAAUUGGGUAAUAGGUCUGCAGCAUUGUGGACCACCACUAGAGGAAACAAAUGAAUUGCCUGAUUCUAUUGAACCUUUAGUUGAUUUUUACACGACAAACAGUGUGACUGGUGCCGCUGUGGAUCAUAAGGUGUCUCCAGGAAUGGAAGCAGCUAAAAGAUAUAUAUCUUCUCUGGGUGCUAAUGCCACCGCGGCUCAGCUAGCAAACCAUGGGCUGGUUGUGAUCCCCUUUUUGAGUGCAUUUGUGAGUUUAAAAGUGCUUAAUUUGGCUGGAAAUGCUAUCGUGAGGAUAACUGCUGGUACUCUUCCUCGAGGACUUCACAUGUUGAAUUUGUCCAGAAACAAGAUAUCCACUAUAGAAGGAUUACGUGAACUUACACGGCUUCGUGUCCUAGACCUCAGUUACAACCGUAUAUUAAGAAUUGGACAUGGCCUUGCAUCAUGCUCAUCUCUGAAGGAGCUGUACCUGGCUGGCAACAAGAUCAGCGAAGUAGAGGGUCUGCACCGGCUCUUGAAACUAAGUAUCCUGGAUCUGCGUUUCAACAAACUUUCAACUGCCAAAUGUCUUGGCCAACUUGCAGCCAACUAUAAUUCCUUGCAAGCUAUCAACUUGGAAGGUAAUCCAGCCCAGAAAAAUGUUGGAGAUGACCAAAUGAAGAAAUAUCUGCAAGGCCUUCUUCCCCAUCUUGUCUACUACAAUCGGCAGUCCAUCAAGGCGAGCACUUCGAAGGACGGAGCAGAGCGUUCAUUUCGUUUUGGAAUGAAUUCCCAUCUGGUUGAUCGCAGCCUCAGGGCGGAUCGCAAGACCACAAGGAAGGGUAGCCAUGGUGUUGCAGCCACACGGAGGCCAUCAAACACUUCUGCUUAUGCUCGAAAAAGUGUGGACUCGCAGAAACUGUCCAGAGGCAAGCAAGGCCUCCUGCCACCAACUAGAACCAAAGUAUCAUCCCAAAGUCGCCCUCAUUUUGAUGCUCCCACCAAAGCAUUGAACUUGACAUCAGAGCGCUCCAUGCGUAAGAGUCGCAGUGAGGGAACUCUUGGAGUUCUGUGAGAAGCUGUUCCAUAGUAAAUUCAUUCGUUUACUGCCUGUGUUUCCUUAUGCAUUUAUUUACUUCUGGUUUUUUGAAUUCAGGUCAUGUUUUCUGUUAGCACCUUUUCUUGUUUUAUAUUUGUUCCUGCGCUAGAUUUUGAUAAAUUGAUUUUGGCUUGUAUGCCCAAUAAGCUGCUUUAUGCUAUACUACAUUAUUUCUAUUUCAUUAUUGGUUGUGUUUUCAGUAAGUUCAAAACAUCACUUUCAAUUUUUCUAAAGAGCAAGUUUGGUGCAAAUUAUGUAUAUUUCAUCUUUGGAAGGAUAGUUGUCACUUUCAUAAUUUUAUUAUGUGGGGCUGUCUAAUUGACCCCAAGCGGAAAUGGGAUUACACAACUGCGUCUAUCUUUUUUCU